AUGAGCAAUGUUGGGCAGCAGCUCUUCUCUGGCGCACUUUCUGGAUUCGCGUCAACAGUAUGCCUUCAGCCAUUUGACCUCCUGAAAACGCGUUUGCAACAGGGCGACGGCCGGCAGCAAGCCAGAACGACUGGCUCAGUCCUCCGGACAGCCAAAGAUGUCAUCGCAUCUGCUGGUGUACGUGGUCUCUGGCGUGGUACUUCGGCAACUCUCGUUCGUAAUGUGCCAGGGAUUGCACUGUAUAUGACAAGUCUUAACCAAGUCCGCACUCUUAUGGCCACAUCUGCAUACUUCGCCACUAUGCGUGCGCACGACCCUACUAAGCACUCAUCCAUCCUACCAACCCUCACCAGCCAAGGUAAUUUACUUGCUGGUGCGACGACCAGGGUAACAGUUGGGUUCUUCUUGAACCCUUUCUCCGUUCUCAAGGCUCGAUACGAGAGUAAUGUGUAUGCAUAUGGAUCCCUAACUACUGCUCUUGGCUCCAUAUUGCGUUCUGGCCCAUCUGAGCUCUUGCGUGGCUUCUUCGCAUCUUCCUUGAGGGAUGCACCUUAUGCUGGCCUAUUUGUAGUCUUUUAUGAAGGCACCAAACGCGAACUGGCCCAUGCGAUACAACCUUCCUCACAGUCAGGUUCUGCUGUUCUACACAGUGUAUCCGCGGCAUCAGCAGGGAUGGUUGCUACAUUGGUAACGCAUCCUUUUGAUGUUGUCAAGACAAAAAUACAGGUUCGCACAGAAGACCGCUACCGUGGCUUUUUGAGCACUGUUCGGACAGUGUGGACAGAGCGUGGCAUCAACGGCUUUUUCGACGGCGCCUCGCUGCGUCUGUCACGCAAAGUGCUUUCAUCUGCGAUUGGCUGGGCAGUCUAUGAAGCUACUUUGAAGUUCAUGCAUAAGCAAAACCAAAAAAAUUCUUAA